UUUUGUGCGUUGUUGUUUUGUGUCCUUUCACAUCGCAGUAAACGUAACUUUUGAAACUGUUUAUAAAAAAAGUGAUUUUCGUUCUAACUGUACAGUGACCAUGUUUUCAAAACCUAAGCCUUCGAGUUCAAAAGGAGAGAAACGAAAACACAUAACACUGACUCUCAAUCAGAAACUAGAAAUCAUCAAACGGCUAGAAAAAGGCGAGAAUAGAAAUGUUUUAAUGAAUCAGUUUAAUAUUGGCUCAUCAACUAUUUAUGACAUUAAAAAACAAAAAGAUGAACUAAUGAAGUUUGCUUCUCAAUCGGUAACAACUGAAAAAUUGGCUUCUAGACAAACAUUAAAAAAACCAAAACUGGAACAGCUAGAUAGUGUAUUGUUCAAAUGGUUUAGUGCAGUACGUUCUGAAGGAAAGCCGGUAACAGGGCCAAUGAUUGUUGAAAAGGCAAAGAAAUUCGGCCAAGAUUUAGGAGUUGCUGAAAGUGAAUGUAAUUAUUCUGAUGGUUGGCUCAGAAACUUUAAGUUUCGGCAUGGAAUUCGAAGACUUGAUGUAACUGGAGAAAAAAUUUACAAUGCUGAUGAAACAGGGCUAUUGUGGCGAUGUUUACCAACAUCUACACUAGCUGGGGGAGGAGAAAAAGCAGCCAAGGGUUUAAAAAAAAACAAAGACAGAUUAACCGUUUUGCUAUGUGCUAAUGUGUCUGGAAACCACCGAGUGACCCCUUUUGUGAUAGGUAAAUCUGCAAAACCCAGGGCUUUUAAGAAUGUUACACACUUGCCUGUCCAAUACGAUGCUCAAUCAAAUGCGUGGAUAACUGCCGCCCUCUUUAAAGACUGGUUUUUUCACCACUUUGUGCCUGAGGUCAAGGAAUCCUUCAAAAGCCUUGGUCUACCAGAAGAUACUAAAGCCAUCCUUCUUUUGGACAAUUGCGAAGCCCAUCCGCCAGUAGAUGAGUUAUUUUCUGGAAAUAUUGUUGCUACUCUGCUCCCACCUAACGUAACAUCUUUGAUUCAACCCAUGGACCAAGGGGUUAUUCAAAAUUUUAAAUGCUUUUAUGGAAGGUCUUUUAUUCAAGGCCUGUUAAAUGCCGACUGUGACGUGACUGAUUUUCAAAAAAUGUUUACAGUAAAAGAUGCCGUCUAUGCUAUUGCGUCUUGGAACCAGGUAAAAAAUACAACACUCCAAAAAUGCUGGAGAAAACUUUGGCCAGCUGCAAACCCUGCAUCUGACCUACUUCUACAGACUGAUGAGGAAGAAAACCAUCAAGACGCUCUGACCAAAGUUUUGGAUGUCGUUAGAAGUACUGACAAUCCCUUGAAAAACCUGCCUGAAGAUGAGGAGGUAGAGGAGUGGGAGUGGCUUUAA